CGGACUGUCAAAGUCAAAAAGCUUUCGUCGUCGGAAAAGUCAAUAAUAAAAAUUUCGCGAAGAGCUGGCACGAAUAGAGAAAAUUCUCCACGACUUCUCCGCGCCGAGCCAAUGUGAUUAUUCCAGGUAGAUUGGUGUUGAUUGUCCUUGGUUUUGAUACGAGUAAAAAAAGAUGAUUUUCUUUUACUGGUGAUUAGAAAAUCGGAAACUUCAACACACAGCUGUUAAAAAAUUUCGUCAGCAGAAACUGCGUCAGCGACCAUUCGCUGGCCUCGAGGAUCAAUUUUUGGUUGAUUGGUAAAUUCUGGGUGGUUAAAGAAUUGAGAGGGCUUUUUCCUUAAGAAUGGAUGACAAUUACUGGUUGAUUGAGCUGGAAUCGGCUCUGCUGGAUGAUUGUACUGUGGAUGACAUUUAUGCGAUCUGCCAAGGAAAAUCGAUACCAGAUGCUUUGCGGCCGGAUGUGUGGCAAGUUUGUUUGGAUGUUAAAACCAAAAUUGAUCAGCUGGCUCAGUUCAACGAGAUAUUCGACCUUCCUUUUCAAUCGAAAUUAAGGCAGGAUUGUCAUCGGUUUGUGGAGAAAUUGGGUAACGAGGAAGAAGAUAGAGUGGCCGUGGUUGCCGAUCUGGAAUCGAUUCUGACUUUCUAUUGUAAGAAUAGAAAUUUGGUUUACGAAUCUAAUAACGGAUGGAUUGAAUUGCUGCUACCGUUGCUGUCUUUAAAAUUGAUGCGGUCAGAGACUUACAAUCUGUUUGAAGCCAUCCGGGACACGUAUAUUCCAAAGGGUUGCGUCAAGAAUGGGAAUGUGUUUCACAUUUUCAGACUGCUUCUGCAGUACCAUGAUCCGGAAUUGUGUUCGAUCUUGGACACGAAACGAGUUACACCGGAUACUUAUGCUAUGAGUUGGUUCCAAACGCUCUUUGCUUCUACGUGUACCUUGGAAGUUGUGUUGGCCAUGUGGGACCUGUAUUUGCAGCAGUCGGAUCCUUUCUUGAUUUUCUUCCUCAGUUUAAUCAUGCUGAUCAACGGUCGAGAGCAAAUUCUCACGAUGAAGAGUAGCACCAAAGACGAGUUGAUCGGUUUCCUAGUCAACAUGCCCUGCGAAAUUGAGGCGAACGAUGUGAUGGAUUUUUGCUCCUUGGCUCAGUACUAUUCACUGAAAACACCAACUUCUUUCAAGCGAGAUUUGCUCCAGAUUCUGUUUGGCGUUCAAAGCAGUGAAGCAGAGAAAAACGUCGUUUCCCAAGCACUUUGUCUUCCCGUUUCGGUGAAUGAGUUGAUAGAGAACGCCUCAAGUGAAUCGAACAGCCAUCCGGAUGCCGUUCGCUUCUUCCUGGUUGAUUGUCGUCCAGCUGGCCAAUACAAUUCUGGUCACUUGUCAACAGCAUUCCAUUUGGAUUCCAAUCUAAUGUUACAAGAACCGGUGGCAUUCCAAACGGCAGUCCAGGGAUUGUUGCGAUCUCAGAAAAAUGCAAUAGAAGCCAAUUCGAACGCAGGCGGAGAACAUCUUUGCUUCCUGAGCUCUGGACGGCAGGAAGAAGAUCAGUACACCCAUAUGGUUGUUGCGUCUUUCCUGCAGAAGAACACCAAAUACGUUUCACUGCUGACCGGCGGCUACGAAGCCAUCCACGAGUACUUUGGGGAAAACAUGAUCGACUGCCUGGAAGAUCACGACCCGUUGAAAUGUUUGGUGUGCAACAAAGACCAACUGCAGUACGGAAAAGCGCCACUGAACAAUAAUGCACUCUUCGCGAAUACAGGAAGCUUGAAACGACAAGAAAACCAUAGAAACAACAAUGGCGCGGAUCAGCCAAAUGCCGAACGUAAACCCACAAUCGAUUUGUUUUCCAAAUUUUCGUCGGCGGUCAAAAGCAAAUCUGCGGAAGUUAAAGGCAAACUUUUCGACUACAUCUCCAAUCCGAACGGUCCCAAUGGGCCUGCGGUCACCGAAAAACACGUCUCCCGCACAGAACGCAACGGCAAACGUUACCGGAAUGUCCAGCCGGUCUUCAGCAUCGGCGAAGACCAGGAAGAUGACGACUAUCAUAAUUCAUCCUCCCUGGAUCAGAACCAGUUCCACAAUGAUCCUUCAUCGAAUCCUCGCUCCCAGAUGCAAUCCAACAACCACCAGUCGGAAGAUCUCGUAUCAAUCCAAGCCUACCUCAAAGCGCCCGACAUAAUUCGUCACUUCAAGUGCCAAGAAGUCCACCUCAAUGGGUACAUGUUCGAGAGUUACCUGCUGGUGACGGCCUCGCACAUGAUUGUCCUGCGGGAGCUGGACCAGAAAGAUAAAGCCCGGGUGAUCGUCCGGAGACCGUUGAACAGUAUUGUCAAAAUUACAGCCAAGAAGCGUCACCGGGACCUCAUCACGUUCAAGUACGGCUACACCGAAGACGAGAACCUGGUCAUCACCGAUAUGGACCGAUUUCUGAUACCGAACGCAAGUGAGGCGACCGAACUCAUUUCGAAGCACAUCAUCAAACAGACGUAAAUUCUUGCAAGUCUAUGUUUUGAGCAGCGGUAAAAAAUAGCAACGCACUUUUUAAAUGUAGUAGACAACUUUUUAGUGAAAUCAAAAUUAACUUUUUAUUAAUCCAUGAAUACAAAGAAGCGAUAUCAACGGUUUGCUUCCCUGAGGGCAAUUUCUGCAGAAUUUUAUAGCGUUUUAUUUUAGCAUCCUUGAGUAGCUGGAUUUAGAUUUUAUUUUAUGUCGUUACGACCCAGUUUAAGUUUUUCAAUGUUUACCACAAUCCAAAACCCCUUCUCAGCCUGAAGCGGAUGUACUCUAAUUUAUAGUUUUACUGUUAGUAUCAGCAGUGUGAUGCAUAUAUGUUGUAAACAAAUCGAUUUAGUAGUAAAAUGAUUUUAUGUUAUUCACAACAUUUUAGAUACUUUGCUAGGAUCAUAGUGAGCGACGUAAAUAUAUAUAAAAUUAAAAAAAAGAACCCUAUAGUUAUAAAAGGAUGCAGAAAAAUUACCAUUUGGUGUCCACAUUUCCUAUUGCAGCUCCUUUCUGUGUAAAGUUUCGUAUAAAUUUCGUCAACUUUACCAAAAGUUCAAUUAGAUACCAUAUUGAUUUAAAAGCUCUGAAAAACUACCUGAAUCACAAUGAAAAUAAACACAUUGUUCCAACAAAAUUCAACCAACAGAUGUCAACUGUAUAAAAUUUGAAAUAAACCUGUAAAACCAUCACUAAACA